CCAUGGCUUGCGGAAAAGUGAGUCUGUUUACCGUCGGUACACUGUUGCUUGUCUGCGCACUGACAGAAUGGGCCGAAGGACGCUUUGCUCGGGCACCCAGUCUAGCGGUGGGCUUAAAGUUGCGCGAAUCGCGCAAACAUGUCGCGGCUAAGCCGGGCGGUAAGGUUGAGAAGCCUCGCAAACCGUGGGAAUCCGGAUGGAAUGUUUAUAAGGAGGCUGACAUCAUGCUGCCGCCGGUACGUCAACGGAACGGUGUCGCACUGAGCGCGUUCCCAAAUGCUCGCUGGCCAAACGCAGUGAUACCGUACGUGAUUACGGGCACGUUCACUGAUGCUCAGAAGACGACCAUUCAAUCGGGCAUGACACAAAUCGCUGGCGCUACGUGCGUGAGGUUCAUACCACGAACGACACAAUCUAUCUACCUUACGAUUGAUAACGGACAGACUGGAUGCUGGUCGUACGUGGGUCGCAGCACACGCAAUACUGAGAACCUGGUUAACUUGCAGAGCCCCGAGUGUGUGGACAUCGGAACCGUGGUGCAUGAGUUGAUGCACUCGAUCGGUUUCUAUCACGAGUUUACGCGCCCAGACCGUGACGAGUACGUGUCGAUCGAUCGUACUGCACUGGCCGCGGAAUAUCAGACGGCAACGUUCUACGAUGAUAACUUCGCCAAGAUGGCCGCCAGCGACGUAGUGCUGUAUGGCAGAGCGUACGAUUACGGUAGUGUGAUGCACUACUCAAAGUACGCAGCCGCUGCUAGCCGUACCACUCCGGUCAUGAACAACCUUAAACCAUGGACGGGAGACUUUGGCAAUGAUAAUGGUCUGUCGGCUGCGGACAUUAUCGAUAUCAAUUACAUGUACUGUAACAGCACGACUACUAGUACUGCUGCUGCCGCCGCUGCUACUACCACCACGACUACCACCACUACUACUACUACUGCAAAACCCGUUACCACCACCACUACCACCACAACCGUAAGACCCGUUACCACCACUACUACUACCACUACCACACGUCCCAUCACCACCACUACUACCACUUCUACUUCCCGGGCAGCAACCACCACCACCACUACUACUACUCGGGCAGCUACUACAACGACCAGGGCUCCUACAACCACGACCACGAUCUUCACAACACUUAUCCAGGUGCCAUUAACCCGGUUCCUCGAGGUGCUCCGGUCGCUUCCCCUCUUCAACCUGUUCAGCAUGGGAUGA